UGACAAAUGAAUGAGCAUGCUUGAACCUAUAAACAUGCUUUGUUCGAUAUUUUUCUAUUUAUAAAAUAGAUCAGAAAAUGUCUUUGGAAAACAGCAAGGAUGCUUUUCACUGUUCUUUAGUAUUGAACAGUCUUUUUCAAAUAUAUAAAGAAGGUAAUUUGUGCGAUAUUUCCUUGGUUGUCGGUGAAAAUGAAAUCAAGUGUCAUAAGGUAGUGUUGGCAGCAAACAGUCCAUAUUUCUACACUAUGUUUACAAGUAAUUUAAUGGAGAGCACAUUAUCUAAAGUCGCCUUGAAAGAAGUUGAUUACCAAGUCGUUCAACUCUUGGUUGAUUACUGUUAUUCUUCAACCAUCCACUUCGAUUCAACAAAUGUUGAAUCUCUUUUAAAAGCUGCCCAUCUUUUGGGAUUUGAGUCCAUUGUGGCUAAAUGUUGUCACUACAUGACCUCACAACUUCAGCCAGCCAAUUGUCUUGGAAUCAGCAAUUUUGCUGAAGUACAUGGUUGUACCUCUCUUAGAGACUCUGCUUUGAACUUUGCUAUAUAUAAUGUUUCACAAGUUGCCAAAAUGGAUGAAUUUUAUCUGGCAACAUUUGAUCAAAUUUCAAAGUUAUUAUCAAGUGAUUUUUUAAAUGUACCAUCAGAAAUGGAUGCUUUUGACAUUGCAAUGUCCUGGGUUAAUCAUGAUGCUGAAUUUCGAAAAGGAUUUUUGCCACAAAUUCUAGAACUUGUGAGAAUAGACUUGCUACCACCCAAAGUUAUAGUUGACUGCAUCGAGAAAAACCAGCUGAUUGCGUCAGAUCCUGUGUGUUUGCAGACUAUCAAUAAAGUGAAGACGACUCAAUUGCUGCCAGAACUUUUAGAUUUACAUUCUCUAGUAAUAAAAAGAGAGCGUCAAACCGAUAAAUAUCUAUACGUUAUCGGCGGUGAAAUACACAGCUUUAUUUAUAACACUGUUGAUUGUUACGAUUUUAAUAAUGACAGAUGGACAUCCCUUGCUAACCUCAACAUUCCAAGAGAUGGUUUGGGCGUGGCCACGUAUGGUGGUCUGAUAUUUGCUGCAGGAGGUUGUGACGGUGCGGUUGCUUUAGAAUCUGUGGAGUGUUAUCAUCCAAGGGAAAAUUCUUGGAAUUUCGUCAAACCAAUGGCGAAUAACAGGCAUGCUUUCUCUUUGGUUGAAAUGCAGGGAUGGUUGUAUGCUGUCGGUGGUAGUGAUUUCUUUCACACAGAAUUUGACACCGUUGAAAGAUAUGAUCCGGUCAGAGAUUGUUGGCUUGAGGUGACUCCAAUGAUCACAAAACGCGAGGGUCUACAGGUGACAUCACUUAAUGGUGCUCUUUAUGCUAUUGGUGGAGAUAACGGACUUACAAUAUUAAGCUCAGUAGAGCGUUAUGAUCCAAGAGUCGGCUAUUGGAAUGUUUGUCAAUCCAUGUGUUAUAAACGGCGGUAUUUUGGUUCAGCAGUACUAAGAAAUCAGAUUGUUGUACUUGGUGGUAGUAAUUGUGACGAAGAUCAUAACUCAAUGGAAAUGUUUGAUAUGCGAAUGAAUCGCUGGCUUCCACUUCCGCCAUUACCCACAAGACGGGAAAGUCCGGCUACAGCAGCUAUUGGAAAUAAGUUGUAUGCGAUUGGAGGAGCUUUCAUGAAUGAAGAGACAGAUUCAAUAGAUGUGUACAAUGCUGUGGAGAACAAAUGGGAUUCAUUUACCCCAUUGCCGCGUGCCAUGGAAGGUAUGUGUGCGGCAGUGCUAUAGUACCAAUAGGAGAACCAUGUCCUUGUGCCAAGUUGUUCAACGACGUACCCUAAUCGAAACAUCCAAACAAGAAGAUGAUUUGACUAAAUUGAAAUAUUUUUUCACCGAUACGUUAGACAUUAAACCUAGUUUUGUUAUCGCAAAUCAACGUUUUUACUGAUAUAUCACUUUAAUGUUUGUUUUUUUUAUGAUAUGUCUAUCGCUCGAAGCAAUGAUAAUUUUGUGCCUUUUUUUAAAUUAGUCCACAUCAUACAUUGUACCUUGUGUCAAAAAUAAAUUUUAUUUGUUUCAGUUGUGAA